AGCGAGGUAAAGCUGACAGCGACUUCCGGUUUCCAUCGCUGGAAAGCCGGUUAACUGAAAGUGUAUUCAAGAAAUCCGACGCAAUCACAACAUCGCCAAGAUGAGGGGUGUUUUACAUUUUUUAAUUGGAUUAACUGUUAUAUUUUGCAUCGAAUGCAAAGUGAAGCAGGACACGAUUGAUGGUGCUAUUGUCAACAGCAAAGUGGAUAGGAAGAUCGAUGUCUCUACCCACCUAGUCAAAAUGUCAACAUCGAUAACAUUGGAGAACACAGGAAAAUCACCAAUAAAGUCAUUUUUAUAUGCAUUGGAACCAUCGCUUCAAAAUUAUCUUUCAAUUAUUACUGCCAAUGUUAAAGACAAGGAUGAGAAGUUAGGAGUUUCUCAAACUACUGUAGCAUCGAAAAAAGAUUUAAGUUUUUGGCGUAUUGAGCUCCCAUCAAAUAUAGAGCCUGGGAAAACCAUGACAGUUGAUGUGGAAUCUUCAUAUGCCCAUGCUUUGACACCAUACCCUGCUGAAAUCACACAGAGCCAGAAACAACAAGUACUCUACAAUGGCAAUGUCUACUUUUUCUCUCCAUACCCCACCAAGUCUCAAACAACAACUGUCACCACCACAAAUACAGCAAUAGAAUCUUACUCGAAGUCACCUAAACCAGUGUCUCAAACUGACAGAACUGUCACCUAUGGACCCUACGAACAAAGGGAAGCAUUUGCUGAGGCUGAAUUGAGGGUACACUAUGAGAACAACUCUCCUUUCCUGACAGUCACCAACUUGGAGAGAAUCAUUGAGGUGUCUCACUGGGGAAACAUUGCAGUAGAGGAGCACAUCAGCAUGAGGCACACAGGGGCCCUGCUGAAGGGGCCUUUUUCCAGAUAUGACUACCAAAGGGCUCAAGAUGGACUCUCCUCAAUCAAAGCUUUCAAGACUGUCCUGCCAGCUGCAGCUCGUGAUGUUUACUACAGAGAUGAGAUUGGUAACAUCUCUACCAGUAAUCUUAAAGAGAUGGACGAUUUUGUUGAGUUGGAGCUCAGACCUCGAUUUCCUUUGUUUGGAGGCUGGAAAACUCAGUACUACAUUGGUUACAACGUUCCCAGCUAUCAAUAUCUCUUUAACAAGGGAGACAACUAUGCCCUGAAAAUGAGAUUUGUUGACCAUAUUUUUGAUGAUAUGGUGGUUGAUCAGGUUACUGUGAAAAUCAUCCUUCCUGAAGGUGCAAAGAACAUGAGACUUGAAACACCGUACCCUGUUACACAAGGGGAGAACCAGCUCCACUUCACCUACCUUGACACCACUGGACGCCCCGUCAUUGUCAUCCACAAAUCCAACCUAGUCGAGCAGCACAUCCAGGACUUUCAGCUCCACUACACCUUCCAGAAGCUGUUGUUGUUACAGGAGCCCCUGAUUGUGGUUGGAGCCUUCUACCUGCUCUUCCUGGCUGUCAUCGUGUACGUCAGACUGGACUUCUCCAUCACCAAGGACGAGGCCAAGGAAAGCAAGAUGCGAGUGGCCAGCCUCGUGGAGGAGGUUCAGAGUGCCCAUGACCGCAGAAGCGCCCUCUACCAGAGCUACGACGACGCUAUCAACAAGUACAAGAGCACCAAAGACGCCAACACCUUCGCUGCAACCAGGAAGAAAGUGGACGCCGAUUAUAAAUCUCUCACCCAGCAAAUCAGCGACCUGCAAACCAAGUUAAAGAACGAGGGCUCGGAUUUGGCGGAGAAGGUGAACGAGCUGCAGGUCAGUGAUAGACAGUACAAGGAUCUAGUGGCCCUGGCCAUCACCCUGGCCGAAAAGUUAGUGAGCGGCAAAAUUAAUAAACAGCAGUAUCUAGAUAACGAGAAAAUAAACAAAACCAAGAGAGAGGACCUGGAUAGCAAAAUGGAAGCUUUAAGAUCCAGCCUUGCUUAGGAGCUUUCAAGGAGUUUUAGAUAAAUUAUGUUUGUCAUCAUAUGUUCAGAGAAAAGCUGAAUAUCAAUAAAGGUCUAUUAUUAAUUUA